AUGGAUAAUUCCAUAAUCCAGGAUGACGAUGUCAUAAUUACUGACACGUUUUUAAGUGACAACGAGGAGGAGGAACAGUUUAUAAAGCAAAAAGCCUUUGCGCAAAGGAACAGCAGAGUAGGAAUAAAAAAAAGUGAUGAUAAUACCACUUAUGUGGAAAACCCCAACUGGAGGAGCGUUCGUAAUACAAAUUUUGACGGACCAAAUGAAGAUGGAGCGUCUUCCCCCGAGGAGGCAUCUAUAAUUUUAAAAAAUGAUAACCCACGUGAAAAAGAAAAUGGACGGGACAACGGAGAGGAAGGUUUUUUCGACUUUGACAAUUAUCUAAAAGAUGAUGAUAACGUUCAGGAGCAGGGGAAACAGGAAGAUAGGGGGAAGAAGUUGCGGUCUGUAAGGAACAACAAAGUGUGGCAUGACUCGGAUGAUGAUGUGUUGGAGAGGGACUCGAAAAGCCAUUCCCGGGGAUUUGCCGCCGAAUCGGAGGAUGACGAAAGCCUAGACGGAGAACAAAUCGAAAUAGGACAUGAAACGGAUGAAGAACAUUUGAUCAAGAAUGAACAAAGCGAAAACUAUUUCGAAAAGUACAUCGACAAGGUAGAUAUUGAAACGUACGAAGGGGAGGAACAGAUAAACGCGGCAUCCACCAUAAAAAUGGAAGACAUAUACAUCUUUGAUAAUAACGAAAUGGAUUCUCAUAUAAAGAAGAAGAGGCGACUAAAUAAAAUGAAUGAAAAAAACAUAUUUUUGAAAUAUUACUUACAGAAAUUUACUUUCCAUAGAAUUGAGGAUAAAAAAAUUAGACAGCUAGUCGGCAUGCCCAAGGCAAAUUUAAUUCUGCCUGUUUAUAACUCUGAUUUGUAUGUGCUUCAAUACAAGGAGAGGUUGCUAAGCAUGUCGAAGAAAAUUUCCUUCCGCGGGAGGAUUGGCCAUGUGCAGGAAAGCAACGGAAGCGUGUACAUCCUCAUGUAUGAUAACUACGUUCGGAACUAUAAUUUGGAAAAGGGGAUUGUAUACAAAAAUCGCAUUCAUCCUGGAAACGCUGGACGAGUUAUCCCUAUGGAAAUAAAAUUCUUUCACACAAACAAUGAGGAGAAUAUGGGGCUAUCUGAGCAAAGUAACAAUCACCUGUAUGGUAUAUCCUUCAGGCGGAGCAGGAAGAUAAACAUUUACGACACAAGAAGUUUUGAUGUGGUGAAGAGUUUCGAAAUGGAUUAUAAAUGUAUUGGUAUGAAUUUCCACCAAAAAUCAAACAGUCUGUUUGCCAUUGACAGUAAAGGCAACUUAUACAACUGGUGUUUGAACACAAAUAAAUUAAUCAACAGAGUGGUAGAUAACUACUCAGUUUUUCCAUCAUGUUUUAGCAUCCAUGGUGAUAAUUUGGUUACGGGUUCAUUCACUGGUUUCCUUAAUUUAUUUCAUGUGGAUAAUUUGACGACCCCAAUAAAGAGCUUUAAAAAUUUGACGCUCCCAGUUAGCAAUGCUAUUUUUAACCCCUCCCACAAUUGCCUUCUAUAUUAUACCAAGCUUGCAAAGAAUGGCAUUAAGCUCAUAGACUUACAUACAAAUUAUGUGUAUUGUAACAUUCCCUGGUUUAAUAACAAUGUGAGAUAUAAUGUGCUGGCUGCCGAUUUUUUCAACGGUGGCGAUAAUAUGUGUUUCUCCGUCAAGGCCAAUUCCUUUUACGUCUACGACCUUUUGGGAGCCGGCCCUGUGGCCUCAGGGGGAGAGCUAAAAGCCACCUCUGUAGUAUAG